ACAGGACUAAGUGCGUCACCUGAAAUAAUCCGCCAUUAAAAUUGUAUAAAAAGAAGGAUGAAACUGGAGCCAAGCGGUUCAUUCGUUGUCUAUCUUAAGCAUCGGAAUCAUGAAGUCUGCUCUGAUCCUUCUCGUCCUUGUCGCUGGUGCCACCGCCAAGCUGACGCUGCCUCGUCUGCCUCUUAACGUGCUUAUGCGCGGUGGAUGGCCCAUGAUCGACGACGAAAGGAUUGUCGGAGGCACCCAAGCCAGUCCCAACGAAUUCCCUUACCAGAUUUCCCUCAGACGCCUGGGCUCCCACAUUUGCGGUGCUUCCAUUUACAAGAGCGGAUGGAUCAUCACAGCUGCUCACUGCACUGACGGAACCUCUGUCGGCUCCCUAUCAAUUGUUGCUGGUGAACACAGCUUGUCCGUCGAUUCCGGAAAUGAGCAAACCCGUAACAUUGCAGCUAAACACGAACAUGUCAGUUACAGCUCAAGGACCCAGGAGAAUGACAUCUGUCUUUUGGAGUUGAGUUCCCCGCUCUCGCUGAACUCCGUGGUGGGUGUUGUCCGAAUCCCCGCUCAAGGUGCUCAAACUGCCGUUGGAACCAACUGCGUCGUCUCCGGCUGGGGUACCACUUCAUCGGGAGGCAGCACUAUCCCCGACAUUUUGCGCAAAGUCACCGUUCCCAUCGUCAGUGACGACACUUGCCGUGGCAGCUAUGGAACUAACGCAAUCACUGACUCCAUGAUUUGCGCCGGAUUCCGUUUAGGCGGAGCCGACUCUUGCCAAGGUGACUCUGGUGGCCCCCUCGUCGAUGAAGGAACAAACCUUUUGAUCGGUGUCGUUUCAUGGGGAAUCGGCUGUGCUGACGCUGGAUAUUAUGGUGUCUACACUGAGGUCUCAUACUUCCACAACUGGAUCGUCAGCUUCGCCGGUUAAGAAACUGCACAUUUCUGUCUUUUUUCUCCCGUGGAUGAUUUAUGAUUUAUGAAUUAUGAUGCAUCCAAUUUUUCAUACACAUUUAAUCAAUUAACAUAUCUUUAAAAAAACAAAAUACAAUGUAGCAGAUAA